GCACAUUGGUUUCGAACUAAAUAGUUUGAAGGCCACCUAUUCCAGCCUCAUUUAGAAUCUUCUUUUCCCAUCCUCAAGUGCCCUGAACUCUGUCAAUCAUGAAAGGAACUGGAAUCUUGCCCUUGAUCGCUUUUGUCGCUCUUACCGGUUCACGGUUCGCAGAGAGCGCAAAUGUGACCUCUUGCUACAAAGGCGUUGGUUUGCUGAAGAAAACCAGUUCGUGCGAUGCAGGUACCAUGAGUUGUGCCACAGUUGACACCCCCGUGGCCAACACAUACUUCUGCGGUCCUGAUACCAACAAGACCGGUUGCAUGGAUGUCAACUAUGCUGAAGUGGCCAACGCAUUCAACCUUAGUACCACCUUCAAAACUUGCUAUUGCUCCACGAGCGAUUGUAACAGUUUUGGGAUGAACAUUCAACCAACCGGUCUCAUCAUCCCGUUGGGGUUCAUUUUGACUUUGGUUGGGAUUAAUGUCAAAUGAAAAGAUGGUUGAGAAAUGAAAUAAAACAGCUUUCCUCUGA